AGUAAAUAGCUAUUGUAUGAUUUUUAGAAAAAUAUAUAUUUGGUGAUGAGAUAUAUAUUAAUAGUUAUUAUAAUUUCUUUUCUCUUAAGAUUAGUAAUUUUUUUGAUUUUUUUAAAUAAGCAGAUUUUUUUCCAAUUCAGAAAGCACUAUAUAUCUUUUAACUUAAAUAUAUUUUAGUUCAGAGUUUAAUUUAAUUUGAUACCUAUUAGUUUUUGCUACAUGCAAAAGAUAAUUAUCUUAAUUUGAACAAAAAAUAAUAAUUAUCUUAGUGCCAAAUGUAUCAAUUUUAUUAAUUAUAACUAAAUAAACUUGAUGAGAUUGAUAUUUCUUUCUUCAUCGCCUAUAUUCCUUUCUUAUUUAUGUAGGAACUAGUUGGAUUUUGUAUUCAUUGGGAAAUGCAAAUGGUUAUAUAAACCAUUUAAUAGGCUAGGUAAAAUCUAAUUAUUUUGGUCAUAACAAUUUAGUUGUGUUGCUUGUUACGUCGAAUCCUUGUUCCUUGUGGUUUCCUCGUGAAGAUGUUAGAACCCAAAAUUGAAGAGAUAGAUUGUGAAGACAGGAUCAGUGCUUUGCCCGAAGAGUUGCUUGUGACAAUUUUGUUGCUUGUCCCGAUUAAAGAUGCAGUAGCCACCAUGAUUUUGUCCAAAAAAUGGCGCUGUAUAUGGAUGAUGUUGCCUAGACUUGAUUACAAUGAAACCAAUGAUAUCAAAGAUGAUCAUGAUUGUGGUGGUGGUGAUGAUGAUGAUGAUGAUGAUGAUGGUGAUGGUGAUGGUGAUGGUGAUGAUGAUGAUGAUGAUGAUGAUGGUGAUGGUGAUGGUGAUGGUGAUGGUGAUGAUGAUGGUGAUGAUGAUGGUGAUGGUGGUGAUGAUGAUGAUGAUGGUGAUGAUGAUGAUGAUGAUGAUGAUGAUGAUGAUGAUGAUGAUGAUGAGAGAAAGAAGAGCAUUUGGUGGUUUUUGGACAAGUCACUGAAACUUCACAAAGCACCUGUCUUAGAAAAAUUGCUUAUUAGUCUUGGUCGACGAUGUCCUAGUGAUGCUAAUGUCGGAAAUUGGGUUGAAAAGGCUGUUGAUCGCGGCGUCGUCGUGGUAAAAUUCAAGCUUCGCUGGUCAGCAGGUCCAACCACAUUGCCUAGGAGCCUUUACACCUGCGAAACACUCAAAGAACUGACUCUAUCUAACAAGGUUCUUGUUGAUUUCCCUUCUUCCCCUUCCUGCCUCCCGUCACUCGAACUACUUCAACUUUUCUGUGUGGCAUAUAAAGACGAGGCUUCUCUCGCUAGGUUCUUAUCUAGUUGCCCUAUCCUUGGAAUAUUGAUAGUGAAAAGAAAGAAGAGUGACAAUCUGACGAACUUUAUUGUGAAAGUGUCUUCUUUAUGGAUGUUAUUGUAUCAUAAUACAGCUUGUCUGCAAGAUGACACUGACGUAGUGGAUAGUGAUAGUUGUUUGGUUAUAGAUACUCCGGCAUUAAUAAAGUUUAAGGUCGAUGAUGAUUCAAGAGACUCUUGGUCGAUUAGGAAUAUGCCUUCUCUCGAGGAGGCAUAUAUUAGUGUCAAUUCUUUAUCUAAUUUUGACAAGUUCAUAACAGCUUCUUCGUCGAUCUUGUCUCUUGACUUGACUUUUACCGAUGAAAUGCUUGUGCGUUGUAGCACCCUAAGAUUUUCUCGACUUAUAAAGUUAUCUGUAGAUCCAAGUAGAUCCGACUGGGUGGAACCACUCUUACUUCUACUAGCAAAUACUCCAAAACUUGAAGAACUUUUGGUAAAUUAUGAAUUUAUCUAUGACCUCGAGGAUAUCCCACUUUCAUGGAAUCAACCAAGUUCUAUUCCUGGAUGCUUGUCGUCACAUCUAAAAAUAUUUGAAUGGAGAUACUAUGGACACAGAGAAGAAGAGGAAGAAUUCUUGACAUACAUCCUAGCCAAUUCUAAGUGUUUAAAGACUGCGACAAUCUCCCUCAAACCCAUGUUAGAUCCUGAACUAGAGCAAGAUGCCAUCAUCGGAAAGUUGAAAGAUAUUCCUAGGGUUUCAACAUCAUCUCAACUUUUGGUCAAUUGAAAAUUUAUUUCUAGUUAUCAUAUUUUUAGCCAUAUAAUGAAGCUCAGUUAAUGUACACGCUUAUCAAUAAAAUGAACUAGAACUUCUAAAU